GUUAGUCGGACACAGCUCUCUGUUGAACACAGACAGCUGUUGAGCAACAUUCAUAGUGCAUUGUGCUCAACGCUUCUUUUAUCAGUGGACCAGCUGAUUAGAGAACUUUAGCAGGGGAAGUGCGCGAUUUUAUUCGACAAUGAAAAUCACUACCAACAAUAACGAGAAGAUGUCGGAAACGGAACUGAACGAAGACCCCAUGGACAGUUCGUAUUGCAGCCAUAGGACUAAGACUAAGGACAAGGAACAGAACUCUGAAACGUCAGAUUCGCUAAUUUCCAAGGAUGAAGGCAAGCUGUCCACCACGUUAGACUGUAUGACACUACUGACCUAUCAUGAGGCACCUUCGUACUUGCAGUUCAAUCCUUACAUUCUCACAGGCUACAGAGGCUACCUCUCUACAAAGAUGUGUUUUGAGAGCAUGUUUUGGAUGACCAAUGAGACAAUCAACAUCUGGAGUCAUGUGUUCGGAUGGAUGUUGUUUCUGGGACUCACCCUCUACGACCUGUUUCUUCUCAACAUUCACGCCUCCUUCACGGACAAGUUUAUCGUCGGCAUGCUGCUUGCGUGCUUCCAGGUGUGUAUGGUGAUGUCGUCGCUGUAUCACAUAUUCUCCUGUCGGUCGGAGCACACGUUCAACUACUUCUUGUCGUUUGACCUUCUGGGGAUAGCUCUCAGCAUGUUAGGUAUCUACAUGACUGGAGUGUACUACGCUUAUUGGUGCAACAAGACGUGGCAGACAUUCUACCUGACGACGGUUUGCGCCUUCUUUGUGAUUGCCAUGCUGCUGCAGCUCCCGUGGCUCAAGGUGGAUGACAACGUCAAGAUGCUCAUGUUCGUGUUGUGGGCCGCGUACGGGAUCGUACCCACGGCUCACUGGACCGUCAUGAUGGGAGGACUGGAAAACCCCAUCGUCGCUCUGUUGCUGCCCAGGGUGGUCAUGAUGUAUGGCAUUAUCGGAUUAGCUUUCUUCAUCUACAUCACAAGGAUACCAGAGAGGUUCUUUACUGGUAAGGUGGACUACAUAGGUUCGUCUCAUCAGUGGUGGCACUUCUUCGUAGUGGUAGCACUGUACUAUUGGCACAACACUGGCAUCAAGUACAUAGAGUACCGUAUGAACCACGGAUGUGCGUACGACUUUGCGUCAUGAUGGAACGUAGCGUUGUAGCGAUAACCGACGGUUUCCUCGAUUCGCUGAGACGGGAAGCGCCCAAUAUUUGGGCCGAAAUUGUAUUUAUUAUCCGCUUUCGCUUUAGAUUUGAUAUUCAGAUUUGGCGAUUGCUCAGGGUGUUUACAAACGUAGAUUUUUUAAUUUUAUAGUUUGAAUAUUUUCAGCUAUAUUUUUAUGUUCAUCACAUGAGCUAGGGAAUAAUGUAAAUCUGUUUUUCUAUUUUUCAAAGUAUUAUGUUACGUGUUGAAACUGCUCUAGACACUUAAGUAUUUUGUGGUAUUUACGAACAACUUUAUUGUUGUAGAAAAUAAUUUGACCGCCACGUAUGUAUUUGUAGUGUAUGUUGAAUUAUAUUUUUCAUUUAAGAAUAAUUUUAAAGGUUUUGUAAACACCCAGUUGUGCAAAUUUCCACAAUAGAUCUUCGUUAAGUACCUAUUAUCCCUUACGUUAUAUUAGUUUUAGGAACACAUAUCAAUCACUCGUAGAAGAACAAAUAGGUUUUUCUUUAUUUAGUGUAAGUGUCGAAAAGAACAUGCUUUGAUAGAGUUUUGAACAAUUCUGCCUACAGAGAUCUUACUUAAGUAAUUUGUAACUUAGAAUAUACCUUCCAUCUACCUACAUGUAGUAUUACUAGAUUCCUUCAUUAAAUUAUUUGUUUACAAUAUAGGUCAGUAUAUUAAUAGUUAUCAGAGUUCAUUUCUGUCAGCUGUUGAAGGGUACCGGUAUACAGUGGACGCUAUACAGAUUCAGGUGUGUUAUUUGCUCAUGUAGUUUAUUUUUUUAUUUUUUUCAAGUUGGAGUUUGUGGCUGUGUAAAGUGUAGAGGUUGUGAAAAAGCAGUAUGAUGCUUGUGCGAGUUGACAUUAUUAUGAGUUCUCGGGGAAUAUAUUGUGAUGCGGCCUUUGCUCUUUUCCAUAUAACUUUUUUGUGCCUUUAACUGUAGAGUAAGAAAUCAUAGUGCCUAUCUUGUAUUUGUAGUUUUUCAAGAAUAAUUUGUAGUCACCAAUCUUAAUAGUAGCUUUAACUCUGGGUGUUUACUGAGCAGGACGAGGUUUAAUGAAAUCUGUAAACUGGUGAUGUUUCUUUUAAAACUUUUUAAUGUGUCUGACCUGUUUGGGAAACAACAAUUAUCCUAUUUUAUUAUUUUAUCACAUUUAGAGACUUUGAAUUAUGCGUUUAUAUCUGUCUGACUUUAAUUAAUAACCUUUUGACUUAUUAGUCAUUAUUGUGAAGUAUUUAUACAUUUUGUUUUUAAAGUUCCUUAAUAAGGUACCUACAUCAAUGUAAAAUUUACAAAAAAUAGUUUUUGAGAUCAUUCAAUGCAUCUAAGCUCAGUGACAUUCCACAAAAAGAUCAAUCUUUGCCCGCUUUUCUUCAUUGUCACCCUUUUUAUAGGUGUGUCAAACAAUGUGAUGUAAGGUGUUGUGGAGUUAGACAGGUCGCAAAUUAUUUGUUUUCCAGAACACAAAUUGAUGCAAUACAAGAAACAUUGGCUGUUGGAACGGUUUUUAGAAACUGGUCGAUAAGCAUUUACUGUGAUAUGGAAUUUUUGUUAACAAUUUUAAUACAACGUAUGAAAUUACA